CCGCCGCCGCGGGAUCGCGCCCCUCCCCCAGCCCCCGGCCCCUCCGGCCCGCGGGGAGCGGACGCGCGCGCGGCUGCUCGAGAGAAUCACUGAAUUUCAAAGCCAGAAAGGAUUUCGAAGAUCAUCCAGACGGCUCCUAGAGGAAUUUGUGGUCCUGGGUUAUUAAGCACCUUGAAAAGAACUAUGGUGGGACGGUCCGUGGAGCCGGACCCAGGAUGCUCCCGGGGUGUGGAUGACCAGCGGCCCAACCCCGCACGGCCCAGGCCCGGAUGCCGCGCCCUUGUCUCCGGACCCGGGGACCCCUCCCGUCGCGGGACUGAGCUUCCCGAAGCCGCCGAGCGAGCGGCGACGGCGCAGGGACCCGCGGGAAGGGGCUUGGCGCCGGCGGGAAACAUUUUCCCCCAGCGGCUCGGCAAGAUGACCAGUCUGUUCCGCCGGAGCGCCGGCGGCGGCGGCGGGGGCGGCGGCGGCUCGGCGGCGGCGCGCGGGGCUGGGGGCAGCGCGGCCGCCUCGCAGGAGCUCAACAACAGCCGGCCCGCCCGCCAGGUGCGCCGCCUCGAGUUCAACCAGGCCAUGGACGACUUCAAGACCAUGUUCCCCAACAUGGAUUACGACAUCAUCGAGUGCGUGCUGCGUGCCAACAGCGGCGCCGUGGACGCCACCAUCGACCAGCUGCUGCAGAUGAACCUGGAGGCGGGUGGCGGCAGCGUCUACGAGGACAGCUCGGACUCGGAGGACAGCAUCCCCCCGGAGAUUUUGGAAAGGACCUUGGAACCUGACAGCUCUGAUGAGGAGCCCCCGCCUGUGUACUCCCCUCCAGCCUACCACAUGCACAUGUUCGACAGGCCUUACCCUCUGGCUCCCCCCACUCCACCUCCCCGCAUCGAUGUGCUGGGCUCCGCGCCCCCUUCCGGCCAGAGGCGCUAUCGGAACUGGAACCCCCCGCUGCUAGGCAACCUCCCGGAAGACUUUCUCCGCAUCCUGCCCCAGCAGCUGGACAGCGUACAGGCUAACUCCGGGGGCUCGAAGCCGGCGAGCACAGAGGGAGGCCGGCCCCUCAUGGCCGGGCCCGGACCCCGGGACCAGGAGAACCGCUGGAAGCAAUACCUGGAGGACGAGAGGAUCGCGCUCUUCCUGCAGAACGAGGAGUUCAUGAAGGAGCUGCAGCGCAACCGCGACUUCCUCCUUGCCCUGGAGAGAGAUCGAUUGAAAUACGAGUCCCAGAAAUCUACAUCCAGCAGCGUAGCUGUGGGAAAUGACUUUGACUUUCCCGCUCCUGUCCCAGGAACCAGCGACAACAACCCCGCCGUGUCCGAAGAUGCCUUAUUCAGGGACAAGUUGAAACACAUGGGAAAAUCCACCCGGAGGAAGCUGUUUGAACUGGCCAGGGCCUUCUCGGAGAAGACCAAGAUGAGGAAGUCAAAGAGGAAACACUUGUUGAAGCAUCAGUCACUGGGGGCUGCGGCAUCAACAGCCAAUCUCCUGGAUGACGUGGAGGGCCACACUUGUGACGAAGACUUCCGGGGAAGGCGGCAGGAGGUGCCCAAGGUGGAGGAAGCGCUAAGGGAAGGACAGUAAGAGAUGCAGCAGUUUCUCCUCGCCGGAGACCAUCUGACCCGGUAGAGGCAGCCAGAGAGCAAACUGGCCCUCCGCUGAAGAGCCCAGCUGCAGCCAGACGGAUGGUGCUUGAGUUCUGAGGCCCACUGGUUCUCCGGCCACAGUCCAGCCCAGCCACCGCCACUGCCACUUCCCAAGGGACUUAGAACUUCGGAGUCGCAUGCUGUGAUUGGAGGAAGGGCCUGAGGGUGGAGGCAACAGCCAACCACAGUCCCUUUUGUAGCCAGGCUGUUCUAUGGGGAACGAGUGGAAAUGUAGGAUCUAACCCCUCUUCUUAAAAAAAACAAAACAAACAAACAAACAAACAAACAAAAAACACCCAGAAAACUGGCAAAGGUUGGAGUACCCAAAAGGGGAGGAUGAUCCUACCAGAGGCUCGUUGGCCUGAGGUGGAGCCCCUGCCCCACUCUUGUCCUGGUCUCUCCUGUCGGGCCAUAGACACUGCCUGAUCCCCUACCCCCAUCCCCAGCUCCCUUCUGGGCACCUAGGGUCCUUUAUUCCCAUGGCCUUCUGCAUCUCAGUCUUUCCCCAGGGCUGCUGGUCCUUGGCACACCCCUGCACAGAGCUCUGGGUGAGAGAGCCCCGGGCAGUGACUCGGGCCCUCUCUGAGGAGUGACGGGCCACCGCAGAGAGGUAUCUGCUGAGUACCCUGCCUGGGCCCCUCGGGCUGCCUCUGUUAGCAGCUGGCAAGGGCCCCCAGCAGGGAUGGGGGGGCUGGCCACCCCGGAGCUGGCGGAUUCUAGCUAUAGGCAGGGGUAGUCUUUACUCUGGCAGAAAUCUAAAGUCAGUUCUGGGUGGGAUCCUGCAGUCCCACGACAG